AUGCUAAAAGCCAAGUCAGACCUACCUUGGCUAGUUAUUGGGGAUUUUAAUGAUCUUGCUUCUCCGAAUGAAAAACGUGGACUUCAUCCACACCCUACGGCUCUCAUGGAAGGCUUUAAUCUUACUAUGGAUGAAUGUGGUCUCUUUGAUUUGGGUAUGAGGGGUAGGAGCUUUACCUGGGAACGUGGUAGAGGAACGGAAAGUUGGGUUGAAGAGAGACUGGAUAGGGCGGUUGCAAUGGCCAAUUGGUGUACUCUCUUCCCUCAUGCCACAGUGUACAACCGUGAUUCUCUUUCUUCAGAUCAUUCGGCCCUCUCUGUGGAAUUGGAAGGCCCAAGAUUUGCUCGAAGUCGUAGGAGGUUCAUGUUUGAAAAUGCUUGGUUAACAGACACUGGUUGCAAAGACAUUGUAGUUAGUUCAUGGAACUCGUCUUGGGAUGAUGCGCUGCCAGUAAGAUUGAAAAAAUGUAGAUUGGACCUUGAAAAGUGGGGUGGUGAUUUUAUAUGGAGGAUUGGGAAAGAGAUUGACUAUUUGCAAGCACAAUUAAAUAUCUUGAGAGGAAGACGAAAUGCAGCGGCUUUGGCUAGGGUGAGGGAGUUGGAUGCUAAGAUUCGAUCCUUGCUCGAUCAACAGAAUGUAUAUUGGCACCAGAGAGCCAAACAACACUGGCUACAUCAAGGUGACAAGAACAAAAAAUUUUUUCACCAAUAUGCAUUGGCCCGAAAGAGGAAAAAUCGUAUAGAGAAACUCAAGGAUGACUCUGAACGGUGGGUUGAAGUGAGUGAUGUUGUGAGACUUGCCAUGCAAUAUUUUCAAAAUAUUUUUACGGAAAAAGGGUCUAUUUUUGGUGAUUCAUUGGACGGCUUUCUGCCUACAGUUCAAGAUGCGGAUAAUGAGCAACUUUUGAAACCAUUUGAAACUGAUGAAGUGAAAAUUGCCCUAUUCUCAAUGGCACCAGAGAAAUCACCAGGCCCGGAUGGAUAUAGCCCGGCUCUUUACUAA